GAUGUUUAUUCGCUACGCAGGAUUCCGCCAUUCGACCGCGGACAGUGACGUCACGAACGGGUUACUUCGCCAGAAAGUCAUACCUUCGUCUGUAAUUUUGUGGUUUUGUCUGCCAGAUUUUCGCUAAUUUCUGACAUAUUUAGCAACAAUGAGCUGAUGCUGGGAAUCGCUGCGUUUAAAACGCACAUAACCGAAAGGAUUUGUUCGAAGUCUGAUCAGAUUUAGCCCAUCACUGGCGUAAAUUUAUCGGUGUUUACAACGUGAUUACUACCUCUUUCAGCGAGGUUUUGACUUCAGGAUUGUGGUUUAAACUCAAGUCUCUUACUUUGGAUUGGACAUUUUUGAGGUUUGAUUUUGUAAUCUUUUAAAAUGAGCGAUGCACAAGCUUCUCUAAAUCCCGAGGAGGAAAAUCCAAACGCUUCUGUUUUGGAGGAGGAAGGUUCAAGCGAGCGUGUUGAGAGAAAAUCAAAGGGCAAGAAGAAAACUAAGGGGGCUGCUAAGGCGAGGAAAGAGAGUAAAGUUAUCGAAGAAGAUGCUGAUGAAGAUGAAGUUCCCUCUCGUCCAGGGAAGAAAAAGAAAGGAAAGAAGAAAGCGGCUCGGAAAGUGAGUGAUACGUCGGAAACCGGAGAGAAUUCGAUCUUAGAUGACACACCGAAAGAAACGGUGAUCGAAAUUAAGGACGAGAAAGAAGGAGACGCCGAACUACAGGAGAUAGUAGUAAAGAAGGAGGAGGCUCAAGUCGAAGGCGAUAAUGUAGUUGAAGAAGCAGCCGUGCCUGUCGAGGGCAGCGAAGAAGGGAAAAAGGAUAACAAGAAAGAUGGCGAGGGAGAAGAGCGUAAAGAAACUGUCCCUGACAGCGAGAGACCUGGCGUUCGCAGAAGGGCAACUUUGUCUGAUUUAAAAAGUGAGAGUGUUGAUAAAGGAGAUGAAGAGCAAGCUGCCGACGCAACAGCUGGCUCUGAGGUGAAUAUUUCUCAAUUGUAUAACACCCCUUGAAGUGCUUUUAUGAUUUUUCUCUCACAAUUCUGAACAGGAACAUUUUCCAAUGCUUUCCCUCCUCAUCUUAGAAUCUACAAUAUUAUUGUAGCCCCUGUUAGGCCUUGUCCUAAGCUGCGUGUCAAAAGUUCGACUGCAGAUGGCUGGGUUGUCAACUUGCAGACGCAGGUUCAGGGAAAGAUUAGGGUUAGGGUUCAUCAGCAGUCCCAGGAUGAAUGAUGAGCCGUUUAAGGGCCUGUUCACCAGGAGGGAGGGUAACCCUGGUUCUUGGGUUAACCUAGCACUCACUCACUAGGGUAACGUCGCUCACUUUUCUUUUUUUAUGCGGCGUGUUAACAAGGCAGGUAGGGUUGUCCUGGUGCUAGGAUAACCCAAGCACUCGAGUAGGGUUACACUAGCAAGACGGUUACCGUACCUCCCUCGUAAACGCUCUAUAACGGAUAACUUGCCUACCUGGGACAACUUUGCUUUGUCAUGCGUGACCAGUUAUCUUGAAAUUUCAAAAGGUUGAGUUUGAUCGUCCGGGUGAACGUAGUCCUGAAUAGGACUGUUGUUGUUGACAGUGACUGAUGUUUCGACAACCUGUGCGGUACUCAUCUUCAGAGUCAAAGUGAGUUGUAUCACGUCAGUUGAUGGUAUUAUUCUCUAAAUGAAGAGUAUAAUACCAUCAACUAAAUAAAGAGUAUAAUACCAUCAACUGACAUGAUACAACUCACUUUGACUCUGAAGAUGACUACCGCACAGGUUGUCGAAACGUCAGUCACUGUCAACAACAACAGUCCUAUUCAGGACUACGUUCACCUGGACAAUCAAACUUAACCUUUUGAAAUGACUCCUGGGUUCAAACCUUUCACAGUUUUAUCUUGAAAAUGUUAACAGAGUUAUCCAAUUUUCGAGUUAAAUUUUAAACAUGUGAACAAUGUUAGGUAUUUUCGUUCUGUUUUUUUUGUGAAUUCAAUGUGGUUUUCAUGGAGAUCUUCAAGAUUUCAUUCAUGUCUUGAAUUUUAUGAAGAAUGUGUAUGUAUAGUCUUAUGUGGUCACACAUGACGCACGCAUGUCAGUCAGGCCCGGGUUGCUCGAAGCAUGGUUAGUGCUAACCAGCGUUAAAUACCAUAGCAACCUAUACAUUUUGAUACCUCUUAACCAACGGUUAGCGCUAACCAGGCUUCGAGCAACCGGCCCCAGGUUUGUAAUAUUGUCCUAUCCCCAGUUGUUCAAAAGCUGGGUGCUAUCUACCGGAUAAAUCACUAUCCAGUGGGUAGUAUUAGGGAAACCAAUUGCGCUAUCCACGUUUUGAACAACUGGCACCUUGGUAACCCUACGUAAUAAAUUUUGCUUGCAAACCAUCUCGAGUUAUCUUUAAGCCACUCACUAGGGUAACCCUAGCACCAGGGUUACCCUCCCUCCUUGUAAACAUGCCCUAAGGUGGCUCUAACUUUUGAUUCUGUUGAUGAAAACUUUUGGUGUAACCAUUGAGAUGAAACCUCUUUGAUAUUACUUUCACAAUGUCCUUUUUUUUUAGAAUUUUACAAAAUGAAAUUUGGGAAUUUUAGUGAAUUUUGACUUAGGUCAUUUCUGGGAGUGAAAGGGUAAGCUAACGGACCUUAUGCCACACCUGCAGUUUACACUUCCCCACUGUUGACUUGAGGGGUUGUUUACACAGAGAGCGGAAGACCCUAGUACCUGGAAGAUCCCAGAAGGUGGAUCAUCCUAGCCAAAUAUGUUUUCAGUAUUGAGUUUACAUGCAAAGGGUUGCACUUGUCCCUUGCGCUAGGAUAUUUCUAGCUGGCAGGUAAAAAUAUCCUAGCGUAAGGAAGAAUCCUAGCACUGGUACCAUGUAAACUGCUGUUGUUAGGGCGAUCCCGCUACUAGGGACAAACUAGACAAAAAUGGCAGCAUGUCUUUUCGUGGCAAUAAAGGCCAGCUAUUUUGUUGGGCUUUACAGAAAAUCUGAUGGUAUAAGUUUUUUAGAGCUGUCAGCUUCUGCUCCUGAAAGAUAGUUAUGAUCUCUAAUUAAGAGAGCAGAAGGACCCAAAUUGCAUGUUUGUUGAUAUUGCCACCCACAAUCUUUAAUUUCUUCUCUUACUGGUAACCAAGUGAAGUCAAGAUAUUGUUUAAGCAUUUUUAUCACCAUUCAGUAGUAUUUCAAACUGAACAUUAGUUCUGGCAAAAUUAUUUUGAUAGUCUCGUGUAAUUCCUUUGGAAACCAUACCUUCUUUCAGACCAUAAUGGGAAAAAUCUACGCCCCCUUUAACCUAGACCAAAACAAACCCCAAAACCCUAUCCUUUGGGACAGCACAUGCCUAUAGGGCUUAUAUACAGUCUUUGUUAUUGUUUCAGGACCUUGAUUCUGUCAAGGAAGAAGUGAGUAUAGAAAUAAAGAAAGAAUCUGAAACAGCUGAAGAUGAAAAAGAUACAGAUACAAAAGAAACUGCAACCAAAGCAGCUGGUGAUGAAACAAGCACAGAACAAAAAGAGGAGGAUGCUACUACUGAAGCAGGAAAACCAGCUGAAAGAACAGAGGCUGGUCAAGAUGAGAAACCUGAAACUGUUGCUAUAGCAAUGGACGAGACUGUUGUGCCUGUUGAGGAGGAAGUCAAAACCGAGGCUGCCGAGGGAGGAGAAAGUGUGGUAAAACCUGGGAAUACUGAGGGAGGAGAAGACGAGAAUGAACAUGUUGAACAUGUUGUUGUGCCUGUUGAGGAGGAAGUCAAAAGUGAGGCUGCCGAGGGAGGGGAGAGUGUGGUAAAAACUGGGAGUACUGAGGGAGGAGAGGGUGAGCCAAGUCAAGAAGAUGCUGUACCAGUCACUAUGGAAACUACAGUUACAAAUGAAAAUGAGACAGGAGAGGAUCACUCAAAGUAUGAUGAGCUUGAUGAUGAGCUUCCUUGGGCAAUGUAUCGUUCAUUGGACACGCCACCACAAAGGCCACCUGUGGAAGAAGAUGAUGACUGGCCAGCAUCUGAUGAUGAUGGGGAUUAUGGUAGUUAUGUCACUGUUAUACAUUUACUUUGAUAUUGUUAAACCUACAUUUAAAGGGGCCAUGUCACACUAAUUGCUAUCUUUUUAAAAAGCCAAAACUUGUCGUUGCAUCAAUUUAAUUCCAAAUUCCAAAUUCCAUUCCAACGUUUUCAAUUUUUAAUCCUUUGCCUGCAAAAAAUCACCAAAAACUUACAGUGGUUAGUGCUCCCUGAUGAAAUUUGUUUGAUAUCUUCUUCAUAAUUCUACAGGUCCAUUUUGUUUAUGGGUUAAAGGCACUAAAUAAUGACUUCAGAACAGCAUUGACCUUAACCCUCUCUCAAAGUCCUACAAGUGUCUGCCAUCAAUUUUCUCCUUACUGAAUCAAUACAUAAUCAAGAGAAAUGUUUAGGAGAAUUAGCAAAAUGAUCACCAGACUCAGUGCUCCCUAAUUAAUGUUUGAUAUCUUCCUCAUACGUGUAACUCUACAGGAGCAUUUUUGUGAAUGGGUAAAGGCACUAAGUAAUGACUUCAGCACAGAAUUGAGCACCCAAAACAGCGAUAGAGCGAUUUCCGUGUGACCUGGAAAUGAAAACGCGCAGACAACAAAUGAACGGAAAUAGAGCCAUUUGAUAAAAAAUAUUGGUUUAUCGAACUGAUAGAAAUGCGUGUGCUUUUUGGUUGGUUAAGCGAACGCUCGGAUGCAAACACUUCUUCCCCGAGAACGUUCUAGUAAUUAACUGAUACUUCACUUUGAUGUCAUACUGCAACACGAUUGGCCUAUCGAACAAUGCCUUCCCCAUAUUAGGGUUUUCUUCGGUGGGAAAACAAAGAGGCCAUAUUUUGAUCUUUUCAUCCAUUGGCUGAUAAAACAAGUAAUGAACACUUACCGAAACCAUUUUUCACGGUCAUACGAAAAUAGCUCUAUCCUUGUGACAUAGCCGUUUCAACAAACUGUUGGUCAAGGAAAUCUGGCCAAAUAGGUAAUCCAUGGGUAUGAGAUUAGCCAAGUAGGUACCUUAUACAGCUGUAUAUUAGAAGAAACCAACAGACUAUUUAAGCCUGUUGUUUAAAAUUAGGGGGUUUAAUAAUGGAGGUUUUUAUCACAUUGCCUUGCAAACAAACUUUUGCGUCUGGGUAAAUUCUUAAUAAUUUAAAAUAAAGUAUCAAAACCACACACAUGUACUGGAUUGGCAGAAUGGAAUUGGUUGUUUUCACUGAUAUGUNGAGCCAUUUGAUAAAAAAUAUUGGUUUAUCGAACUGAUAGAAAUGCGUGUGCUUUUUGGUUGGUUAAGCGAACGCUCGGAUGCAAACACUUCUUCACCGAGAACGUUCUAGUAAUUAACUGAUACUUUGCUUUGAUGUCAUACUGCAACACGAUUGGCCUAUCGAACAAUGCCUUCCCCAUAUUAGGGUUUUCUUCGGUGGGAAAACAAAGAGGCUAUAUUUUGAUAUUUUCAUCCCUUGGCUGAUAAAACAAGUAACAAACACUUACCGAAACCAUUUUUCAAGGUCAUACGAAAAUCGCUCUAUCCUUGUGACAUAGCCCUUUCAACAAACUGUUGAUCAAGGAAAUCUGGCCAAAUAGGUAAUCCAUGGGUAUGAGAUUAGCCAAGUAGGUACCUUAUACAGCUGUAUAUUAGAAGAAACCAACAGAGUAUUUAAGCCUGUUGUUUAAAAUUAGGGGGUUUUAUCACAUUGCCUUGCAAACAAACUUUUGCAUCUGGGUAAAUUCUUAAUAAUUUAAAAUAAAGUAUCAAAACCACACACAUGUACUGGAUUGGCAGAAUGGAAUUGGUUGUUUUCACUGAUAUGUAUUUAUUCUGUGGAAGUCAUUGAAGUAAUAAGUUAUUUUGCAACAGCGAACAGUCAAAAACUGAUAAAAGUAAAUGGCUUUUUAUGCCAUUUUUACAAUGUGUAGUGUCAUUGUUGGAGCACCAUAGAAAGUAAAGUGAAUUGUAAAAAUAUAUUUUAAUUCUCUUAUUUAGCCCCACCAAAGAAUGAUGAUCUCCCAGACCUUGAUAUGCUGAUGGGAACCCUAGAUGGGGGUGAAUCUGAGUUGGAGACGACAACGUCACCACCGCCUCUGAUACUUCCUGAGGAAAAACAUGCAAAGCAGCGACGGAUUGAGGAACUCAAGCAGGGAAUUGCUAAUGAUCCUAUUGAUCUUUAUGAUGAGGAAUUUGAAAAAAGAAUGGAAGAUGAAAUACUUAUGAUUGGGAACAUUUCAUUGGAGAUGGUUCAGGUAUAUAUAUUUGGGUAUCUGUGUUGUGGUUCAAUGUUUUCUUUCGUUUGAAAUUCAUUGAAGAAGUUGAAUUUUUCUCUUUAUGUGUCAAACAAUGUAUAGUAAUAAAUAUACUGAAAAACUUUGAAGGGAUACAAUAUGUGAUCUGUGAUCUUUUCUUUGCUCCUAUAUUUUCCUCAUCCUUCCUUGAUUAGCUCAGCUAUUUAAUUAUUAGUGAAGGAUAUUAUAAUUACCGGUAUGCAUGAAUAAAACUUGAACUUAUAAAAAUAGAAGAAUAAAUUAUUAGACAUUUUAAUGUCUUUUAAAAAAGCACCCUAAAGAAAUGCGAAGAAUUGGUUACUGAUGUUAAUAUUUUUUGAUAGAGUUGUGAUGGACAGCUCUGAUCAUUGUUUCUUGGCAACGCAUUCUUACUGAUUUUAUUCAUUCAUUUUGCUUGUAAGGAUAAAUUUUCAUAAGCCAUGUGUUGAUUAAAUUUUUUUUUACAGUGUCUAUGUAACAGGUCAAAAUUAUAUUGUGGUUCAAAGUUUUGAACCUAGGUUGAUUCUCAGUUUCCUUUGUUUCCUUGAAUUUCCCUGAUUAUUCAUGAAUUAAGGAAAUUGACAAUCAACCUAGGUUAAAAAUUUUAGCCAGUGAAUAUGAUUUUGACCUGUAACAUCCGUGUUUCAAAUAUUAUUUUGAUUUCUUUCCUUUUUUACUUUAAUGUUUUGUCUUUUUUUUUUCUGCAGGAAGAGGAGCGUCGACUGCGGGAUGAGCACAUAGCAUAUCAGCAACAACAAGCUAAAGUACAACGUGAAAGGCAGGAAGAUUUGUUAAUGAGAGAAGCUAAAGCCAAAAAAGAAGUGAUGAAGGUGAUGAGGGCAAAGAGGAAGCGCCUUCAACAAAGAGAGGUCAGUAAGGGUGGCUAAAAUAUUGUAUGCUCUAAGGUAUGUAUCGGUAGAAAAUCGGUAUGUAUCGGUAGAAAAUAUUAUCAUGACUAAAUUUUCCAAAAAAUAAUAAACAAUUUCAGUCAAUGGUCAAGCCUGAUUUAUUUAAUGUUCUUUUUGUUCUAAAUCAUAGGACCUUAUGAUGCAGCAAGAUCGUUUGAUCCAAAACAGGAUUCACAGAGCAUUCCGCAGAGCAGAGGAACAACUGCUGAAAUCGCUGACAGCAAGAAAGGGAGAAGUGAAGGUAAGUUUAUGUUGUAUAAAUGUGCUAAAUUUCUCAAGAAUUGGUGUUGCUGUGAUUGUGGGAAUCUCGGGGCCUGUGCAGUCGCACCUCGAUUAUCUGGACUUUUUGAUUAUCCGCACUUGUUUCCCUGGUCUUGUUCUUUCAUGAAUAUUAAUAAGACGUGAUAUUCAAAAAUUGAAACGUUUUAAAGUUCAUUAAUCCUUCCAAACGUGUGUUAAAAACACUGUUUUAAUCUGUUUCGAACACGAGCACUUGAAACAGUAACUUUUUAAUUUGUAAAUACAUAAUAUAUACUGACCAUACAUAAAAUUCAGGUAGGAGCUGAUUCACAAUUAAAUUUUGUUUUCUUUAUUUCCUAUUUUUACAUUAUUGUCUUGUUAAUAUUGAUUUUUUCGAUUAUCCGGACUAUUUACUCAAGUCCCAGCAGGUCUGGAUAAUCGAGGUUCGACUGUACUCAUGUAUUGUAGGUUUUGGUUUGGUUCAGUUUAUGUUUCAUGCAGGUCUUCAAGUUUGCACCUCAUUUGAGAGCAAAUUUCUUUGUCUUUAAAAUGUGUCUUCAUUUUGAAAAUUACUCAAUAUUCAAUAGGGACCUAACUAUUCAACAAUGUUAGUGCUCCAAUUUCAACUUUUUCAAAGUCACCUUUUGGCAACCUAACAUUAUCAAUUAAAAUAGUUUUCAAUUAAAAUAGUUGUAAUUGUCAACCGUUUCUAGUUACUUGGAUUUUAAUUGGUUAAUAAGAUUACCUUGACUGCUUGUCUGUCCCUAGACAGAAGAAAAAAGUCAGCAGUUGACUUUUUUUUCUUCUCGCACUCAGUCCUUGUUUGUUGCCGUUUGUGGCGUUGCCAAUCAUUGCUCAUGUACAUAUAUUACACGUAUCUGUAGAGUAAUGUUGAAUACAAAAAGAGAUGGCUCGUGAUCUAUGAUCAUGCGAGUUUGACAGUUAUUGUAAAAUAUAAUAAUGUGUAUUUGUCAGGCUCAACAUUGCUACAUUUCCUCUCAUAACACUAUUCCGUAUGUGUUUGUCUUUCAUUUUCAGGCCAUGUAUGGUGAUUUGAUCCUGGCUGAUGGUCAGUAUGGUGGAAGUAAAGGACGACGCUGGAAAGUGGAUUGGAACAGAACUCCACAGCCAAUCCAGAUUAAACUUAAGUGUUUGAGAGGGGUCAAAGAUAAGCUACCAGGUAGGAAACACGUUUGUGUUUUAUCUCAUUCUUACAGGGGCACUGGAUUUUUAUUUUGUAUUUGUAGCAAGGGACAGCUGUAGCUUUACUUUCCUAAAUCAUGAACAGAAGUACACAAGCAAAUUCAAAAUAAGUGGUGAAAGAAAAUUUUUUAUAAAUAAAAAAAAAACGAACAAACAAAUAAAAAGAAACCCAGAUUAAACUUUAACCCGUGGUUUGCCCUAAUGGGCCUUCAAACGAUUGGGUCCAGGGGUAUAAAAUGAUUCUGGUUUGGCUAUCAAUUUAUUCUUACAUGUAGUAGCCUUUAAAACUUACAUGUAGUGACCCAAGGACUAUUAAAGCACUGGUUUUACAUGUAUGCAACCGCUAGGCCAGACCUGCACGUAAGAAAGCUUAUGGUGAUUUUGCCAUACGAGAGGCUCUAUUUUAAUCACUUUUUUUUUGCUAUUCUCACUCCAGCUGGUCGCUAUGUUUUGAUGGUAUCACUGUAUGAUAGACUGGGUGGCCAUGUUCUCAAGUGGUCCAAUCUCAAGGGACAGCAGUGGGGUGGAGCUACCUUACCUCUACAGCACGAUGGAGAGUUCUUUAACAUAGAAGUUAAGGUUGGUGCUGGACAGUUAGAAUGUAGGAAUUCCAAAUACUGUUUCUUCGCAAAAACGCCAGUUCAAGUGUCAGUAUACUUUGCAAUUUCAGGUGCUUGCCAAAAGUCAGAACUGGCUGGCUAGACUGAUCAUUUUGAUUUAAUGAAUUAGAAUUUUUUUUAGUUUUUUUUCUCCCCCACCCCAAAAAAAAAAACCACCACCACCACCGCCAAAAACCACCACAAAGAGAAAUGGCUGUAUUCACAGAGUAGCAAAAUUCAUACAAUCAUAUUAUUUGGACUUAAUUCUGCUAUGGAAUUUUGGAAACUUUCUGUUCAAAUGGCAGUUAUUUGAAAAUAUACAUAUAAUAAUAUUUUUCCAAUAUGAUACAACCAAAACAGGAGAUUGAUAUUAUGUGUUCUGUGCGAAGAAAACAAAUCAGUUUUGAAGAUCUCACAUUUCCUUGUUUAGGUUACAGACACAGGUGGUGUUGUGAUCACUUAUUAUUUUUAUUUUGCUCACUUAUUUUUACAUGUCUUUUCAGAUUGAUCAGAGUGUGUUCACAGUGUGUCCAUCUAAGCCAGAUGUCCGUCCAGGCAUGAUUCUUGUAUUUGAGCUGUUUAUUCUGCGGGGGAGUGUCACUCCUACCGACAGGGUGGUAGGGUGGGGCUGUUUCCCCAUUUGUGAUGGAGAGUUCAACAUUGUUGAUGGAAAGUAAGCAAUAGCCCUUUUUCAUUGUAUCUUGCAGUUCUCAUUUACUCAUAGGGUGGGAGUGGGGGAAGGGAGGGAAAGGAGACCUGUUGUAUUCCUCACCCCCUCCUCCCACCCAACAGCCUUCUUGUAGGCUUUGUUGUAAUUUACAUUACAGUCAACUUUCUUUACACAUUAAAAUCUAUUGCGUUUCACUUUUUGUUAACCUAGCCUUGUAGCAUAUUUGGGACUAUAUAAAUGCACAACUUGGUACAGUAUACCUCAUGUACGUGUACCUUUUAAAUGUUAUGCAUUCUGUGGUGUAUGAUUGAGCUCUCUGUUUUUAUUUUACCUGAAGAAUCACAUUUUGGCCAGUUAAGGUUCUGCCAACAUGGUACACGUAGUAUACAUUUUACAGGGCUGUCAAUAAGAGGUGGAGACGGGGAUUUCCCCUGGCUACUAUGAACAUGGCCCUUGGCUACUUUCAUAGAAAAAUAGAACCAAAAGAAAUCCCUAGCUCUUUUAUUCCCUGCCUACUUGUUGUAUUUACCUGGCGACGUGAAAUCUUAGUGACAAUUCUGUUUUGUUAACAGCACCCUGUUUUGUUGACAGCAUCUUGUCUCCAACAAUAUACUGCAUAUUCUUUAACAGAGUCUGAGGAGCAAGUGAAAUAAAUAAUUACAUGUAUAUGAGUGUAUGUGCCCUCCACGAGGAGACAAUGAUGUGAGAGUGCUGAUUUUCUACACCUCGCUUGUUUUGCUCUUCUAUAUCUAAAAAGAAUAGAACUUGCAGUUUAAAUUGAACAUACAGUUGAAUUUAAGGCUUCAAAUGGAAUAAAACUAUGGUAUAUAUUUCACCUCUUGUGAUUCUCUAAAGGAUAGGUAGCUGGCCUAUGUUGUGCUUCUUACCUUAUUGAUUAUUCUCAACAAACAUGAACAUACUAGUAUUAAUCUCUUUGCAGAUACAAGGCGCCUUUUCUGAGGGGUGAUAUGGAUCCUCAUAUCGAUAAACAUGAGAAAAUUGAAGAGCUGAUGGCUGAUGAUCUGGAAAACUGGCUGUGUAAUCUUUAUUUUGAGAUCGUCAAAUUGCCCAGGUAGGGAAUGUUACAAUUCAAGCAGUCUGUUACUCUGUUUUUUAAUACUUUACAAGGUGGCUCUAACCUAACAUUUAAAUUAUUCUAUGGACAAGACCCUUUGGUGUGACCACAAAAAUCAAAGUUAAUGAGCAGUACUUUCCUAUGGAGGUGAAAUUAUGCUGUAUAAGGUGUUUCUAAAGAAAUUCUUAAGUGUGCACUCAAACGGAAGCUAUUGAGCAGUACUUUUCUGCGGUGCUGUUUAUCUUCCGGUACAAAGUAGUUCCAUUAAUUCUUGUAGGUCUAUGAGUGAACUUCUGAUGUUUGCCCAUUCAGUUGAAGAGCUACUUAGGAGUUUAUUUUGCCCUACAGCGUGGGUUCAACUUUUGAACUUGUGAACGAAGUUCUUGUUUGAUCUCUCAAAAUGAACGCCACUACGUAGAAUUUCCAUUUUGAACGCCAGGUUUUUCCUAAAAAAAUGUUCGAAUUUUUCCACUCUGUGCAGGUACAUGGCUGGUCAAAAGGAGUAUGAAGUUGAACUGCAGUUUACAUCAGGAAUUCUCAGCUACCCAUCGCGCACGAACAUCGAUGAAGAAAACAUUGACGGAGAAGAACCCAUCUUUGGGUCACGGAUAGACCUCAAGUCGCCCUCUCCCUCUAGCAGCCGACGAGGCAGUAGGAUCAGUAUGAUGGGGUGAGUUGUUUACCCUAGGAUACUCCUGACAACCCCUGGGAUACUUUUAAGUACCGUGUAGUAGUCUUUAUACCCUAGGGGUACUCCUUAUGCCAUAGAUCACUCUUAUAACCCUAAGGGCACAAAUCAUAACUUUAAAUCACCCUCUCCUUGAAGCAGCGAAUGAGGGAGCAGGAUCAGUCUAAAAGGGUAAGUUAUUUACCCCGGGAUACUUCUGACAACCCCUGGGAUACUUUUGAUUAUGUUGGAGUAGCCUUUGUUCCCUAGGGGUGCUCUUUAUACCAUAGAGGCGCUACUUGUGACCCUAAGGGUUCUGCCCAUAACCUAUGUUGUAAGGCUGGAUUACCAGCUGCUAUUCAGGGAAUGAGCCCGCCCUUAUGCCCCGAAUAGGACCGAGGGAACGGCGGAAAUGGAGCCUACUAUGUUCUCGACUAAACUGUAAAGGCGGUCAGUUACUCGAGUUAGAAGCCACCAUGGGGAGUCUUAAUUAUAUAUGAUCCUGUAUAUUUUUAGCAUGCAAAGCACCAGUCAAUACAUAAUAAGGUAUUUCUAUUUACAUUGUUGAGGUUUUAUUGCAAGACACGAAGUUUUAUUGAAUUUGUGAUCCAUCUUAUGAUUAUAUUGGCACCUGCCGUGACACAAAUGAAAAUGUGAGAAAAGGAUCACUUACCACAAAUAAAACACAGUUAAACAAAGUAAAUUUACUACCAUGAUUCACAGUUGUUGCCGUUGUCGACGACAAUUAAAUUUGUAUUUAACUAUUUUUUUGGCGUGUAUUAAGGUCCAGUUUCUUUGGAAGCUCAGCGCAUAUUGAAUCGGCCGUGGAAGAGAAGGAGGGCAUGGGUUCUAGCCACAAUCUCCAGGUUGAGGUCCCUGAGAUGAGAAGAACUGUAAGUGAUAAACUGUAGUUUUCACCUUAAAUUCUUGUACUGACUGUACUUCAAUUUAAAACGCGAGAUAGUAAAUACAUUUAACGAGCAUUUAAGCAAAAAAACAGCCCUUCUUAUUCAGAUAUGAACUAAAUGUGUAUUCUUGAUGUAGUUAUAGUUAGAUGAAAGUGGAAAUAAUAUUUCAUUGGCAUAUACAGUGUAGGAGCCAACAAUUAGAUGGAAUUAGUAUAGGUGAUAGCAUGAUUUGUAGUGAUAUUUGGCAUAAAUACCACGAGUGAUAUUUCAAAAUUGUUAUACGAAAUUUCCCGAGCCGUUAGGCAAGUGAAAUUUGAGACAAUUUUGAAAUAUCACAAGUGGUAUUUAUGCCAAAUAUCACAUACAAAUCAUGCUAUUAUUUGUUUAUACUACUAUCCGCAAAAGGUUUGUAAUUUUCACAUGUAAGUAUUUCAAAUUAAGGUGAAAUACCACUGCUCUAAGCCAAUCAAAUUGCAGAAAUUUCUCAUGCAGUAGUAUAAAUUUUCUUGUCCUUCCUAUGCGCGAAUGCAGGUUAGAGUACUACGUAUUACGGUGACUGGGGCGUCUUGAACAAAACGAAACGAAACAAUCAGACUGUAUAAGGCGAACUUUUAAAACCAAGGCAACCAAAAAAUUUCAGCCAAUCAGCUCGUAGAAUUAAUAGUUGACUCGAAAGAUUUCAGUCGUAAUUAAUUUUUCGCUUCUUUUUGUCUUUUUGCGUUGAAUUUGCCACAGUUAUUCUCUACAUGUUAAACUUUUUUUCUUACAAGCUGAAUGCAUAUGUUUUCAGUCUCUUGCCGUCCCCGACCCAAUGUUACGUCAGCGCCGUUCAUCCGCCUCGUCACGCCGGUUGUCACGCCCCGUGACUACGCACACGUCACGCAGGGCAGCGGAAAUGGAUGCCUCUAGUGAUGGUAGCGGGACUGAUUACUCUGACGAUGAAGUGCUUAUGUUAAAGAAAGACGAUGGAUUUAGGCCAGUCAAGGGUCAACCUGGCAUGUACUAUAAGGUUUGUAUCAGCAUCUCAGUCGGGAUCUUGUUUACAUUGAUAAACUAAACAUAGAGUACGAUUUGUCCCUUAGUUUUAAGAGAACACAGUAAAAUGAGCGAAAUACGUGAACUCAUGAACAAUCGAGAAGAGACGUGACGCGCGAGUUUCUAUUUUCCGCCCUUCACGUGUUUUGCCUGUCUAUUAAAAAGCAAAAGAACAAGAACAAGAACAGCUUCAAGAAACACGGGCACCCAACGUCAAUUUUCGGAAAAUAUCUGUUCGGAAGACGAUUUGAGAUCUAGAAUUUUCAGAACAUUUGUUGUAAAAUUUCUUGCUUGCCUGUCUCUCCUAGGAUUUUCGAACAUCAAAAAAAGGUAUCAAUGUUGUCAAACUAGUUUUUUGAGUGCGAGUAUCUAACUGUAUCCAAGCAACAUGCAGCGCAUGCUCAACAGAGAUCGUACUCGAUUCAUGCAGUAAGUGCUGUUAGCCAAAACCAAUCAAGCGAAAGAAAGGUUCUGAGUGCAGGGUAGGUGCCAUUUCGAGCAUUUUGAAAUAGGCCAUUUGCAUGAUGACGUCAUUUUACUACUACGACCAGAAUCCUUCAGGGGUUUGCUUUCUUGUGCAAAUUAUUCAAACCUCGCUGGGAUUACCAAAUUUGAGUGUGAAAGGAAAAACGAAAAGGAUUCUGGUCGUAGUAGUAAAAUGGCGCCAUCGUGCAAAUGGCCAAUUUCAAAGUCAAAACCUAACGAAUAGUUGUGUCAUAGGUCAUAAACCUGUCCUUUUGUUUUGUUAACUUAAAAAACUGAAGGUUUUGUCCUGUUACGUCCAAGAGAAUUAAUUCUCCGACCUAGAAUGUAAACAUGGCAAACUGACAUCGGCUUUUCUAACAUGGUAAUAAGCCGGAGUUUCAAAAAAACGGGUCUCUGAACCCUAUCAGUUGGCCGGUAAUUUGAAGAAGAAUUACUUUUCUAUUUCAGAAACAUUUGAACAACCCAGUAGAUGUCCACGCUAAGAAAAUGUUCACCAUGCUUCCAAAAACACCACUUAUGACGCGAAAGAAGAAGCGGAAGAAGUUGACCCAUUUGGAAGAACUGGAAGAACAUACUUUCACAGUACAGUAAGUAACGCUUGCUAGUUUGGCGAUAAGAUAAAGACGGCGGCCUCCCGAAGAAGAAGCGGGAAACUCAUUUGCUAAGUCUAGAACAAAAACUUGAAGAAAAAUUAAAAGCUUUAAAGGAUGUAUCCUAUUUUUAUCUUUAGGGGACCUGAGAGCAACGUCAACAGUAAAAUAUUCACUUGUUUAUAAACAAGACUUUAGUUCCUGUUCUUCGCGGUUAUUCCAACCUUACUUUGUAGCCCAAUUAUCUUGAAAAUGAACUGUUAAGCUUUGAAUUUUACAAAGGCAACGAGAAUUUUACUGACUCUGCCUUAAAACCUAGAGUUAAACAUUUCACGUUAUUGUUCUCCAACGCUGCGCGUGUCCAGAGAACGUGCAAAGGGAUUGUUAUAACUCAUCAAACAUGUGGCUUUCACGCUACCAAUUCUUUUACUGCCGCCGUUUGGGACACUCAUGCUCCUUUUCUUCAACUACAGGCCUCCAUGGUCGAAUAAAGGACACAUCCCCCGCUAUGACCGAGAGAAGAUGCAGUAUGUAGGCCGUCAGCUCAUGGCUGAACUAGGCCUAUCUCAGUGGCGGUCUCGGGAGUUCUGGGCCAUGCUACUGUUGAUUGCCUUCACUUGGUGGCUGAGACUAUACGCUCACUACGGAGGACAGUGGGUCUACCUUCAGGCACUCGCCGUUCCUGUUAGCAAGUAAGUAGCAGUCAUUAAUAAAUGGAAAAAGUUUUUUUUUUUUUUUGCAUUUGGCAACCGUGCCUGGUUUUCCACUUUUGGCGAUUUUAUGUUUUCCCCCUCUCAACAUGAGUUUCAUGUUUUGGGCACUUGACAGCAGCUUCAGGUUUUCUUGCGCUUUCUACGAAGUUUUCUCGCGCUCGACAGCCGUUUCGUGUUUUCCACUGUUGGCACGAGUUGGCACUGAGUUUAUAUUUUCCCGCUCUUCGCACACGUUUCACGUUUCCCGCGCUUGACAGCAGUUUUAAGUUUUCCCGCGCGUUUCAACAAGUUCUUGCACGCUUGCAGCCGUUUCGUCUUUUCCCGCCCUCAUUACUGGCUUCAUUAUUUCUGCUGUCCUCACUAGCGCACUUGUUUAUUACGCAGCCGUCAUUUGUGUUGUCACGCAACGCUGCUGCCCUUACAGCCCCCCAAAAGGAGAGGAACAUUGUCGUGACGAGACAAGUAGCGGGUUUUUAAAGACUUUAAUACGGCGCAUAGGAUUCCUAUGAUUUUUUUUUUCAGCGGGCCUUAGUUCUUGUCAUUUCGCCACCUGUUCAUCUCUUGUCCAUCUCUUGGCCAGCUAAUCUUUUUUCAUCUUCACAUCUUUACUGAUUUAUUUUGUUUUAAUCUUUGCAACCACAGAUACGAUUUUUUGGCGUACACGGUGACUCUCAACUACCAAAGCACGUUACUGAAGACACGUGAAGAGAUCAGUAUGGUGGUAUUAGGACCGUUCACUAAUAUCAUCAUAUUCUGUUUGACUGUAAUAUUUUCCUGGAUUCUACAGCGGUUGUACGGUACCUCUCCUAACAUCUUCUCACGGUUUAUCAUGGCCUAUGGAAUCAACGUCUUAUUGGAUCCGAUAUGGAUCUUGAUUGUGGAUUCCGCCCUCAUGAGGUAUGAUGUAGCCUGAGUAUUUUCUCUUGUCCCCCUCCCCCCUCCCCCAUCAAACAUCUCCUCUCCCCUAUCCCCUUAGGAAGGCCUGAUACUCAGGCUAGGUAUGACGCUUUAAGGUGACCUUUUUUAAAGAAACUUUUUAACCGAAGGUUUUAAAGCAGCCCGCGAAAGCAGGCAGAUUAAAUGGUGGACAGCUAAAUAUACUUGUAUACGCUAGCAGGCUGCAAAGAUUAAGCGAGAGAAACUUUUUUAUGAGUUAAAAAAAAAGGCAGUCAGUUUAUUUUUUAUACAAGACUGGACAGGUCGAUGGAAUAUAUUUUGCGCAGGAAACUGUUUUAAAGAGUAUUGAAUCUCCUUAUAUUUAGUUUGCUUUCAAACAGUGGAAGAUCAAUGUGAUAGAGUAAAUCGUCGAACAGGUUUUUGUAAAAGCUCAAUACUCAUUCUACGAAGAAAAAGUAUUUUUUCUUUCUUUCUUUCUUUUUUUUUUUAAAGCGGUACCCAUGUUUCAUUCGACAGGCUUCAGAAAUAUUUCGUACUGUUUUUGCUGGCAACAAUUCACUCUCCUAUGUCUACCAGACGUGUUGAAGCCUCUUUAUACAUUGUUUCAAAGAUAACUGCUUAUAAAAAGAAAGGCUCAUCAUUGGCAUGAGAAUUAAUAANUCAUGAGGUAUGAUGUAGCCUGAGUAUUUUCUCUUGUCCCCCUCCCCCCUCCCCCAUCAAACAUCUCCUCUCCCCUAUCCCCUUAGGAAGGCCUGAUACUCAGGCUAGGUAUGACGCUUUAAGGUGACCUUUUUUAAAGAAACUUUUUAACCGAAGGUUUUAAAGCAGCCCGCGAAAGCAGGCAGAUUAAAUGGUGGACAGCUAAAUAUACUUGUAUACGCUAGCAGGCUGCAAAGAUUAAGCGAGAGAAACUUUUUUAUGAGUUUAAAAAAAAAAAGGCAGUCAGUUUAUUUUUUAUACAAGACUGGACAGGUCGAUGGAAUAUAUUUUGCGCAGGAAACUGUUUUAAAGAGUAUUGAAUCUCCUUAUAUUUAGUUUGCUUUCAAACAGUGGAAGAUCAAUGUGAUAGAGUAAAUCGUCGAACAGGUUUUUGUAAAAGCUCAAUACUCAUUCUACGAAGAAAAAGUAUUUUUUCUUUCUUUCUUUUUUUUUUUUUAAAGCGGUACCCAUGUUUCAUUCGACAGGCUUCAGAAAUGUUUCGUACUGUUUUUGCUGGCAACAAUUCACUCUCCUAUGUCUACCAGACGUGUUGAAGCCUCUUUAUACAUUGUUUCAAAGAUAACUGCUUAUAAAAAGAAAGGCUCAUCAUUGGCAUGAGAAUUAAUAAAAUGAUUAGCAAGGGAAAAAUGCUGUGAUCUUUUAAAAAUUAUCUCAUCUAGUUAGUCCUCUAAAACCUCUUUAUACAAUGUUUUAAAGAAAUCGAUAUUUUCAACUACUUGUCUAGUCGGAAUAAGUCCCCAAGAUCGAGUGACAAACAUCAGUUCUCCCCAAAGUAACAAUAUCAAUACACAAUCAAGAUAAAAAGUCGCGAGAAUUUAUAAAAUGAUCACCAAGGGUAUAGUGCUUUGAUCUUUUAAUAAAUUCUCCCAUCUAAUUCUUUAAGGUAAUAUUGAGAUCAGUCUAGAGAAUUUGUACGUUGAUAUUCGAGCUUUAAGGGUUUAAACGUUUCUUUGUCAUAGGUAUGUGAACGUGGGAGGAGAUGUGCCAAUAGGAGAUGCCUUCAAACUCUACUGGCAUUUUAUCCGCUUUGAGAACAACGGAGCUGUGGGAAUAGUUUUGACAGUGUUUCUCUACAUUGUUACCAUUUUCACCUCCUCUGUCGUCAUCUACUUUUACUUCCUGCGAAUUCAUAACAACGGUCGCCUCAUGGACGUUUACCACCGUCUCCACGCGCGCGAAGAUGAGUUUUUCAUUCCUUACGAUCUGGAGAUAUCAAACGUGGAGCUAAGUUACAUAUCUAAGAAAGCAGAGCAGUACCGCGGGGAGGAGGGAGAGAGGAGAAAAACUGCUGUGUAUGACUACAUUUGGGAAGAAGAACAGGUAAAAUUUGUUCUCUUUGCUUCUGUGGAUAUGUUUUGUGCGUGCUUUGUAUUUUGUUAGAUUUGUAUCGGCUGAACGGUUACAAAAUUUUCCCGCGUAAACCUGGUUGAGCAGCGCGGUAAAGAACUGCUUUGAAGUUAUGCUGUAAGACAAUGGUCAGAAUCAAAAGUUUUCAUUGGUUUGUGCUUAAUCAGUCUAAUCCAGUCCUGCUCUUUACAGAUUGACGAGUCAGACAUGGGUACCUCGGACCGCAAGAAGACUGGGCACCGUGAAAUCACUACACACGUGUCCAUACACACGAUUCACCUGGAUGGAUUGCGGGAAUUGUAUAGGCACUUCCUUAGGCUGCCUGAUGGUGCUGUUGUAGAGGUCAGUAUUCUACGCAGUUGGUUGGAGUGCCUCGACAUGAGUCCAUCGCAUUGGUGAAUCGGGAUCUUUACAUAAGGGUGGGGUGGUGUGUAGAGCCCUCAUCAAUUUCACGUUUUGUCGAGGACGGGAACAUAAGUCAACUUUUUUUUUUCUUGAACUUUGAUACAGUCCUUUAGAAUUCAGCUCCAAAAAACUUUGCCAACAUUUGACGAAUUAAACGAGAUGGAAUAAGUGUGAUUAAGUUUGAGGCAGCGUGAAUUCACUUUUAACUGACGUUUUCGUUGUCGUCGCCGUCGUCUUUGCUUAAGCUUCCUAAUGUUCCUCAACCUCAUCCCCAGGGCUUUGAAUGUUCAUUUAUCCUUUCUUGCCUAUCUAUAGGUGUUUGGAGAAAUGGGUGUGGUGGGAAUGGAUGAGAGUAUCAAACAGGCUCUCAUUAAAGGAACUACGUACCAGUCCAUGGACAGCGCCAGAGGCUCACGGGCGAGUAUACGAGGGAGGUCCCGGACCGGGUCAGGAAUUAGCGAGUCAUCACUUCGUAGGCCUUCAGUUAUGCUAGAAGUUCCCAAGACUUCGCGGGCACCCUCACCAGUGUAGGAAAGAGGCGAGCCCGCCUUGCGAAACGUAAAUGUAUCAAGCACGAUCGAGGCAUUUUCUGGCAAAGGAAAAUUGAGUCACUGGAAUUUGAAAUUAGUUUUUAGAUGUAGGUUACUGUCAUGGGAAUUCUUGGAAUUCUUUCUUACAACCUUAAGUAAAUAUUUGUUAACUUGGGCUAUAGGGUACCUGCUCCCCUAACCCAACGUUAACAAGAACUUCUCACUUAGGACAAAAUGUUGGGUUAAGGGAGGAGUGGGUGGGCGUUUUUCAUUUGCGCAGAUCAGUGUAAAAUUCAAGGAAUCUUGCCCACCUACCCCUCCCCCAAUUCAACGUUAAUACUAAUUUCUCACUUAGGGUUUGUAGAUUUAAUUAUAGAACCUGAGGAAGUAGGCUAACUUCAAUCCUUUUCUUGCUCAUCAGUGGGUAAAUGCAUCCGUAAAUUGUUUCAUUCUUAAGUAUUUAUGAAGCAAUCCAUUACAGAGUUGAACUUUUUACAUAAUUUUCAUUGUUGCAAAUACAACUUUAUUCUUUAUUUCUUUCUGUCUACUUGGGUCAUUGGUCUUGAUACAACAAGAGAUUCUCGCAUCAGUCGUACAGAAUUAGUCAGUAAGGAAAAUAGCCACCUUUAUGAGUUAUUAUGGCCAUCGCCAGUGCGUGAUCUUUCACGAGUCUUUGGUUCAGAAUAAACUUGAAUUAAGUUUUAGGUUUGUUUUCUUACUGACUUUUACACUUUGUCCAUUCAGUGAAGGAGAUUUGCAUUUUAGUCAAGACUAUUAUUCCUAAGAUUUUCUUGCCGGACAAGACUUCUUUGUAAAUAUUUUUGCUUAACUAUUGAAACUAUAGGUAAUGGUUUUUAACAAAUCCAAGAACCUUUUCACGUAUAUUUAUUUUUAACCUAGUUAGUGCCAUCUUAAAAGUGGUACCGUAGCUUCAUUUAUCUUUUACAUUUUUUGUGAACAUUCAUGCACGGUUGGUUACACAUGCGCUACUACGACGUUUGUAAUGUACUUAU